CGGCCGGCACCUUCCCCAGCUUCAUGGCCGAGGGGACGCUGCUGUGCCGGCGGGGCGAGUACGGCAAGGCCCUGGCCUGCUUCAACAACGCGCUGAAGCUGAGAGCAGGAGACAAGGACUGUCUAGUCGCCCGCUCGAAAUGUUACCUGAAACUUGGAGACACAGAAAAUUCCCUGAAAGAUGCUGAAGCUUCUCUCCAAAAUGACAAAACAUUCUCCAAGGGACUUUACCAAAAAGCUGAGAUAUUAUAUACCAUGGGUGAUUUUGAAUUUGCGUUAGUGUUUUAUCAUCGAGGCUACAGACUACGUCCAGAACUACAGAAGUUCAGGCUGGGUAUCGAGAAAUCCCAGGAGGCAAUUGUCAACUGCAUUGGAAGUCCAUCCUCAGUUAAACUGGAGAAUAAAGAGGAUCUGUGCUUUAUAAGCAGGCAGGCAGAGAGCAAAAAAGCAAAUCAGAAACUCCAAGUCAAACUGACUAAGGACCAAAAAUGGACAAGGAAACGGGAGCCUGUGAGGAAUCCAAAAACAGAGCGACAGCUUCUUGGAGAGCUUUAUGCUGACAAGGCCUACCUAGAAAAGUUGCUCAGGGAUGAAGAUUUGAUGGAGAGCAGCACAAAGCAGGGGAUCAAAGUAGCGGACCUGGUUUUGAGUGGCAUUUCCUACCUGGACACACGCAGUGAAUUCUGGCAGCAGCAGAAGCCUAUUUAUGCCCGUGUGAGAGAGCGCAAGCUCAGGCAGCAAAGGUGGAUGCGGGACAAGAAACAAAAACCAGCUGAGGUUGGCAGAUACAUUGUGAAGAGUAUGGAGGACAUUGAAAUGUUGCUGACUGGCGACUGCCCUGAAGAAAGCUGCAAGAAAGCUGAGCGUGUGCUAAAAACAAUACAAGGGUGGUCAGAUGAUGAAGUUCCCAACAAGAAUGAACUGAUUGGAAACCUCCACAGCUGCAUUGGGAAUGCUCAGUUAGAGAUGGGCCAGAUGGAGGCAGCUCUGCAAAGCCAUAAAAUGGAUCUGGAAGUUGCCAGGCAGAAUGAUCUGCCAGAUGCUGUAUCCAGAGCCCUUGAUAACAUUGGCAGAGUUUAUGCCAGAAUCGGCAAAUUCCAGCAAGCUAUUGACACUUGGGAGGAGAAGAUUCCAAUGGCAAAAUCCAGCCUGGAAAAGACCUGGCUGUUCCAUGAAAUUGGCCAAUGUUACCUCGAGCUGGAUAAAGCUGAAGCAGCCCAAAAUUAUGGACAGAAGUCCCUGCAGUCAGCAGAUGAAGAAGGAGAUGUUGAGUGGCAACUCCAUGCUACUGUACUAGUGGCACAAGCACAAGUAAAAUUAAAGGAUUACCGGUCUGCAAUUUUGAACUUUGAAAAAGCACUUGAGAAGGCAAAGCUUAUUCACAAUGAAGAUGCUCAAAAGGCCAUCAUUAGUGCCUUAGAUGAUGUGAGCAAAAGCUUCAUUGAAGAGCUGCAUGGAAGAAGAGAAGAAACGACAGCUUACUCUCUUAAAGAAACCGCUUUUAAGAACACCGAGAGCAGCUCCAGAGCCCAGAAUGCAGAAACGGUGGCCCGGAACGCGUAUCGAUUUCCUCGCGAGCCCGGCACGGACACCCGGGCCGAAGUUCCUCUCGCCAUCCCCACCGCCGCGCCCCCCGCCCCGCAGCGGUGCCGAGCCCGGGCAGCAGAUGGCGGCACCUCCCCAGCCCGCCCUCCGCCCCGGGGUCCGCGGCGGUCCACGGCCGGUCCCGGCCCGGGGGGACGAGCCCGGGUCCGGCCGGCUCCCGGUGCCCGCUCCCCGCCGUCAGCAACCGGGUCCGAGGGCAGCUUCAGCGCUGGGAGCACGGAAGACGACAACCUCGAGAAGGGCAGAGAGGGAGAGGAAAGCGAGCGAAGCACAGAGCAUCGGGGAGGCGAAAAGCAAAAAGCGGCAGCAGCAGCAGCCGGGACCCGCGAAGACCACCGGGGACCGCGUCAAGAGGGGGGAGAGGAAGGAGGCGAGGAGGACGCCGAGAGCAAAGGGGAAGAGCGGAGAGGAGCGAGGCAGAAGAAGAAGUAG